GCUCUAUAUACUCGAUAUACCUUACUUGCCUUAUCCACCCUAUCCACCUAUCUGGUACAUCGACUGAUCUCGUAAAAAUUGAUUGGAGCCAUCUUGAAGAUGAUUUACCCUUUACACCAGCC